AUGAACGUGGAGGAAUAUUGGCACAUGAAGGCCUGUGAGGCGGUGGAGGAGCACCGCAGCCUUAUACAACAGCAGCGAGAUGAGAUUGAGCGGUUGCAGCGCCGCUGUAACGAUCUCCUCCACGAACGGUCGAUGAUGCGAGCAGCGACGGCUGAAGACGUUCGCCAAUUUUGCGUGGAAUAUCAACGAAAUCAACUCCAGCAACACUUUGCAGCCACCGCGGCAUCAUCGACAAUAUCCGCGGGUCGCUUGUCUGCAGUGUCGUCUGUAGACUCCAUCCCUAUUUACUUGCUGCUGCAAUUCCUGCAUCAAUACAGUGCCGGGAUGGUGCCAAUGACGGAGAACAUUAGACGGAAGCGGUCACGGGAAACAAUGAACAGUGUGUGUGGGCCAAAAACAGUGGGCCAGCAACGCCUGGUUCAACGCGUGGUGGCGAGACGACGACUACGCAUGCGGGAAGAUGACACAAUAGAAGAACUGCAGCAGGAGCAUGGGCAACAAUACGACCAGUGUCCAUGUGCCGAUGUUGCCCGGUAA